AUGCCUUUAGCUUCUCCCGUCUUUCAAGACGCAACGACAAUCAACUACUCUCUCGAAUGGCCACACUUGGAGAAUCCCAGCAAUACCACCUUUGCCGGACCUACGCAGAUUGACAUCUGCCACUGUGGAAACAAUACCGACUCGGGCCACAUAUACACACGCUACAGUUGCUCUGAUCCUGUAGUCAGCUUCGCCUCUCCAGAAGAUGAGCUAUGGGUUCUCCAGACCCCACUUGGCCAGAUAAAUCUGCUUCGACCUGCAACAAAUGAGGAGCUUCAAAGACGCAGAGAAGUCGGAGAGGAUGCCAAGCCAAGUGCAUAUGCUGGCAAGAACUUCCUGUUGCUAUCGGGGCCAUGUCCCCGAGGUCGCUACCAGGCGCACGCCACGCUGCAAUACCUCAGAUCACUCUCUCCAGACGCACGGCAGCGCGUUGAGAACCUCACUGUGCUCAUUCAGCCAUAUGAGGAAGAUUGCCGCGAUGAUCAAGGCGGGCGAGCGUAUAUGGCACUGGCGCGUUAUAUUAUUGCAGAGCUCCCGGCGUUCAAGUCCUUGCACGUGAAUAUCUGGGGUGAAGCUACUAGGACUGCGUCACACGAAUUUGUGGUAUUGCUACGCGGAGAAGGGAUUUCUAUCAAAUUGAACUGGGAUUGGUGGGGUGAGAGUGUAGAGGAGUACACAGACGCCGAUGCGUUCUUGGAAGCCAUCGACAUUGGAGUGGUCGUGCAGAGACCAAUGAGGGCGACCGCGGGAGGAGGUUCCGGAGAUACACGUGGGGAUGGGACCGGCGACAGCAUUUCGCAUCGACAGGAAAGCCUCGAAAAGGAAGACUGCACCAAUCCCAACGAUAGUGGGGUUGACAAUACCACAACACCCACGUUGGAGCAAGAAAACUCCGAUGAUGACUGGUCAGAUGAAACGUGGACGCCCUUGUCGCCAGCGGGUGCGGGUGGAAACGAGGACAGUGGCUGGCAAGUACUGUGA